CUGUUAGAGUGGGAUUUCAGUUCCUUCAUAUGACAUGCUGCUGAACCUGGGAGCUCCCGGCACUUUCUUGAAUUUAAAGGCGAAAAGAAAAAAUCCACAUUUACUGAGAAUCAAUCUCCAAAACUGGCUACUGCUCAGUGUCAGUAUUGAGGAAAAAACACAACACAAACAGUGAAAGAGCGCCGUUCUUGAGGAUGGUUCCAUUGAAGUAAGGCAUUACCUCACCCUCCCUGCCGUCCCGACUUCUUGGGUCUAUCAUGCCCAUGAUUUGUCCUCUCAUUUUCAGACGCAUUUCUGGGCAAUGUGGCACUGAUUCCUAUCCUGGAUUCAUUCAUUCAGAGGUUUAAAAAAGCCCAUUCAUCUUCCAUGACCCAAUUUCUAUCAUGGAAACAUGACAGCCAUGUUUUAUAAUAUGUGACUGACACAAAAAAACUGAAAGCAAUUCGGGGGAUUUCCAUAAGCCUUGGUUUCUGUGGUGUCAUGCAAUUUCUUAACUAGUUUUUUGAUUUCCAUCGCAGCGCAGGCCGACAUGGACAGACAGUUCUUGGAAACUCAUCUGUAUGAUGCAGUGGUGCAAGAGGGAGUAAAGCUUUAGUCCUCUCUGUAACAUGUUUGUGAAAUAUGAGGUCAGACUUUUUGUGAACUCUCUUACACGAAACUGUGCUGAUCAUUUGACAUUUGUCAGGGUUUACCACCGUGAAAAUGAUGGUUAACUUUCACUCUAACUAAGGAGGUCACUAAUGCGUCAGUAGGGCGUUAAUGAGGAACAGCUGUCUACUGAGGGACGUCAAAUUUUCUCACACUGGGGCAACCGCAGUUUAGUGUUUGUGUAACAGCUGAAAAAGUGCUGUCGAAGCUUUCUAAAAAUAGCAACGACUGACAAGAAGGAUAAGUGUGUGAAAAGUGGAGAUUGUUUAGGGAAAAGUUUCAGAAGGCUUUUCCCAAUGGCAAAAAAAUGUAAUAAUGUGUGACUCUUUCUCCCACAUCUGCCUGUUUUAGCCCACUGUGAUGCCUGCAGACUGCAGAGUCACUCCUGUCAUGGUAAAGGCAAUAUUUUUCCCGACAUAGGGAGGAUAAAAAUCAAAAUAAUGAUAAUAAUUCUGGCUUUUUUUAAUGACAGUGUGACGUGUACUGUAAGUCAGGAAACCGUCAGUAUGUAUAACAAAGAUAAUAACUUGUUAGUAAUACUAUUUUGCUUUACGACAUUACUUAGUUUUACAUUGGUUUAGUGACAUACUUGAUGCACGUUUUAGAAAGGUAUAUACACGUAACAUCCAACGUACAACCUGCUCAACUUACAUCCACCCGUACUUACGACCACGGCCAGCAGAUGCUUAUUUUUUUAUUCAAUGUCUGGCACCGCAGCACGUUGCAGCUCGGUAACACGUACGACAGUUACGGCAGCACAGUAUCCCAGCAUCUCACUCUCACACAGAGAUCUACCACUACAGUAGUAGCUAUAACCCUCGCAUCUACUAUAUUGAAGGGCAUUCGACUUAAUUCCAAUCCGACUUACAACCGGUUGAUCGGAACUGAUCCCGGUCGUAAGUCAGAUGUGACGUGUAUAUGUAUGUAGCACUGCCUAGUUUGCUCAGUAUUGAAAAGAAACAAGAUGAAUGAGUUGUUUUUAUUCACGUUUUGACAUUUAUCUGAUCAACUUUGCUUUGGGUAAUAUUGUGUUUUUUAUAAAGCGUAAUUAUCAAUACUUAAUGUGUGUUCCCCAAUCUAACGUGUGACAGAAUAUCACAGUAUCGUGUUAUACAGUAUCAUCGUACCUUGACCCAAGUAUCACCAUAUGCAUCGUAUCAUCUGAUUCUUGACUCAACCUCACCAGGUGCCCGCCAAGUUAGGUUUGUUGGAAAGUAGCUACUUUUCAUUGCAGUCUGCAAGUUUGUCUCUCGUACAUAUUUUUGAAACUACAUUGAAGAGAAUUUAAUUCAUAGUACAAUUUUGAUUUCAACUUUUCACUCGUGUCAUUCCAUCCUUAGAGCACUGGUUCUCAGCUGGUCUGGAUUUGGACGCCCAACAUCACCCCUCAGUGGCAAUCUGUCACCCAAUGUACAAAAAUGAUCAUUCCACAGCUUUAUUUAAAUAUAUUUUACAGUGCAAAAAUACUUGACUUGGGUUCUCCCCUGCACUUAGAGCACCAGGGCCCCUGAAUGUGGCAGGUCCUCGCCCUUUAAGGAGGACUGUCAAGAAUGUACUAUGUGCUGUGCCACCCCUGUCAUGGUGAGAGAAAACAAAACGCGAGUACAAAGCUCUCACACGAAGCACAAAGCUGAUAGAAAAUAAACAAGGAAAUAACCAAGGAAGCAGCAGAAAAGGCACGGUCAAUAGAACUCAAUAGAGCUAAGUCUUGAGGGGAUCUUUACCGGUGGACGUGGAGCAACCAUCUGGCAGUGCAGACUGGAACCAAGGUGUAGAAAUAAGCAGAGCUUGAUCAGCGGAUGAGUUCCAGCUGCGCUGCUGAGAAGUUGAACAGAACGAAGGAAACGGAAACAAUGCACUGGAAAACAGGAAAUAACAAAAUAAAAGCACACAAAAACCGAAACACGACAACCCAAGUCGAAACAGACUCCGGCCCACGCUGAGAAAACACCCUGACUUAUCAGUUCAAGGGCUACUUUUUUUGUCCAAGCUAAGAUCUGAUACCUGCUGAUACAUUUUGGGUCCCAACCCCCCAGUUGAGAAUCACCGGCUCAUGCUCCCCUUCCGCCUCAAAACAUUCUAAUUUCACAAGUGUGAAACACUGCGCUCUGAUAACAUACUCUGGCUUCAGAGAGUUCACGAGGAAGGUGAGUCAUACUGGGACUCAAUCUAGCGAUAAAUCAUUACCAAUCCCAAUUCCAGCAAAAAUGGAGUGACCAAAUCACCCUCAGGAAGUGGACCUGCUCCCAAGUGGCCGGACUGGUUAGGGCCUUUUUUUUGUUUUAAAUCCCUCCUUCAUUUAGAGCAAUACCACCGGGAGCGAACAUAAGGAGGGGUCAAAGACACAGAGAUAAAGAGAUGAAUCCAGAGAGCAUUGUGGGGAAAGCAGGAGUCUGAGGGAAGCAUACUAAAGAAUACAGCAGUUUCAGAACACAGCACUAUCUGCCAAGGAGCCAAUUAGUUGCUGAGGGGCUUCAGACAAGGUUACCUCAGGUUAAACCGAGGUUCUGCAAAUAGUCACCUUGUAUUAUCUACUGGCUGGCGCCUUGAAGGGAGAAGCUUAGUCUGUAUUUAUGUUCGUGCAGACAGUUGUGGGAGCAGGAGAAAGGAGUGAUGACCAGUGCAGUGACUGAUUCAGGGGCAUAUCUGGAUGUAUGUUGCUUAAGUUUCAUUGUCACAGUGCGGCAGUGAGAAAAGAAGGUUAUGUGUCUCACAAUAGUAUAAAUGAAGGUGGCAAGAGUAGAAAAACUACGCUCAAAAUACCUGGUGGCGUGAUAUAUAAUGAGUUCCUUCUGCAGAGUUCUCUAAUUUAUUUGGAAAUGUUUGGCACAACCGGGAAGUUUAAAAAAGACUUUUGGAAUGACAGCUGCCAAAUUGCGAAACAGACUCGGCUGCCAAUCUUGUCAUCUUACUGGCAGAUCAGGACGCCUGCCAGGAUGUUAGAUUUACAUGCAGACACCGUCGCAGGUUUGCCAAACACACACCCCUGCCAAGAAAAGGAGUUACGACACACAGAGACGGCAGGGAGGCUGAGUGACAGCUGGUGUCUGGUGGGGAAACGAGUUUGCGUCUUUCAGUGCAUGUGCGAGCUCUCGACGUGACGGUGUCCCAGAGCAGCAUCCAGGUGGCUCGCGGACAAGCGGCCACCCUCCCAUGUUCCUUCACCACCAGCGCUGCUCUCACCAACCUCAACAUCAUCUGGAUGGUGAUUCCACUGUCCAACGCCAAUCAGCCAGAGCAGGUUAUCAUCUACCAGGGCGGCCAAGUCUUCAGUCUGGCCAACCACCUCAAUGGUCGCGUGGGCUUUGUGGCCACUAUGCCAAGCACAAGUGCCUCCAUCUUCAUCAAUAACACCCAGCUGUCAGACACUGGGACGUACCAAUGCCUGGUGAACAACUUCCCAGACAGAGGGGGGCGCAACAUUGGCGUCAUUGGCCUCACUGUGCUAGUGCCCCCAUCGGUGCCAACAUGUCGGAUCCAGGGCACGCUAGAUGUGGGGAGUGACAUCAUGCUGCUUUGCAACUCCGACGAAGGCAUACCCACCCCGUCCUACUCCUGGGAGAAGCUGGAUGCGCUGCCCAGGCUGCCGCACAACGCCAUGCAAGACCAGAUGCAGGGAACGGUCACGUUGAGAAACAUCAGCACCAGCACCUCAGGUCUAUACCAGUGUACAUCCAGUAAUGCCAUUGGCAAGAGCACUUGUCUGCUCAACCUGCAGGUGGUGGCACCGCAGCCCCAGAGUGUGGGUCUGAUCGCAGGAACCAUCGCCACUGGAGUCCUGGCAGUCAUUAUCUGCUCCCUGCUGGUGGUGGUGUCUCUCUUCUACUGGAAGAACAAGAACAAAUACGAUGAGGAGGAGAUUCCCAAUGAGAUCAGAGAGGACGACCUUCCUCCAAAGAGGUCAUCAUCCGUGAAAGCGUUCCAUGCCGACGCCUCCUCUUCAGAGAAUGACACGCUGACGUCCACCAACACCUACAACAGUCGAUACUGGCACAACCCCAAACCCAACUAUGACACCAACUCCUACACACGGUACAACGGAGACACACGGCAGACCUUUUCCGCGGCAGCUCCUGGAACACACGGACCCGGCCAGUCCCAAAAUGCGGGACACACGGGACAUGCGGGGCACACAGGGCACGCAGGACACACUGGACACGGGCACAGCUCUGUGGUCACCGCACCGGGCUCCGUCCCACUUUCCCGCCACGCGCAGGCCACACCGACGGCAACGUCAUUUGCCAACGGCAGCCACACACUCCCGCCGCCCAAGACUCUGGUGGUCACCACAAACUCUGCCCCCUCUCCCCCCGCCAUGGUGCGCAGCAAUGGCUCCGUGAGCCUCAAGCCCGCGGUGACGUCCGCGCACGGGCAGCACACACACUCCUACGCGGUGAGCCAGGCCACACUGGAGCGAAUGGGGGCGGUGCCCGUCAUGGUGCCUGCCCAGAACAGAGCAGGGUCACUAGUCUAAAAUCCGCUGCGGCAAAAAGACUGAAUUAGUUUUUCAGCCGUUUUUUGUCAAAAGAGAGACUGGAUUUGGACUGAAGCAGUCCACUGCCCUUUACAAGUGUGUCUUUCUGUUUGUCACCACCUUCGUAUCUCAAACUUGUGCAGAGUUCGUUCAAUGCCAAUUACUUUACGGGAGAGGACUCGCGUCCGAUCGGAUCAAACCUAGCUGGAUCAGUGUUUGCUGAGGGGUACAGCGUUUUACAGACACUUUUGUACCAAGGUGUGUUUUCAGACUUCAGGAACAAAAGCAAUUUAUUUGGCGUCCACGCAGCAUGGCUGGACCGGAUUUGAUCUCCACACAGAUGCACGUGUUCUGUUCUUCUUGGAAAAUGUAGUCACUAUUUUUGGCAGAUUAUUUUUAUUUGACUGAUGGUGAUGAAAGGAAUGAUGAAUGUUGGAACGACUUAUAGAUGAAAGUACUUGAAAUGGCCUUAGAAGAGUAUAUAUAGAGAGGAACAGCUUUACUCGGUGCAAUAGGACUCCCAGUUAACUUCAGUGAAUGAACUGUUUUAAUUUUAUUCUGGCUCUUUCUAGAGCAGCUAUAUAUCAUAAAAACUACUGAAGACUCAACUGUCUUAGUAAUGUGAUGCUUCUCCCGAGCGUCCUGACUCCUUCUGCGGGUACAGUGAGUAGAACUGGGACGUCCUUUAUGUCUCUCACUCAUCUGUCCUGGACGUUCAUCUCCCCGUGUUUGUCAUGUCAGCCAUGACACUGAGAUGACCGCAUCUUAUUUCAACAUUAUUUUAGCUAACCAAAUAUACCGUACACUCAAAGCUGAACUGUUUUCUACUGUACAUAUUGUAUCUACAGCAGUAGAUUAGAUUGCAAAUCCGAGCUACCCUACGUCUGGAUUAUUUUGCAGCUGAUGUGUCUUAAUUUUGCUCUUUUUCUUUCUGGUUAAUUUCACCGAAGGGAUUUCAGCGUUUAUAAAACCAUUCUCAUCGCAGUGUGAGGCCGACCCAGUUUAGUUUUACGAAUACUCAGACAAAAUACCUGGUGAAGUGUAAGAAAGUCUACCCUUCAAAUUUUUUUUAUGAAGCAAUAUUUGGUCUUUGUUUUGAUGCAUUGUUUGGAAAUGUUUUUCUCUCUUCUGUAAUGUAAAAUUUUGUUUUUAUUUGAAACCUGCAACACCAAUUGGAAGAAAACAUCUGUCUUACUAGAUUUAAUAUGAUGGAAUUGAAUAUUUGUGGAAACUAUAUUUUCAGAGAAUUGUUAGUCUCACGUGAGUCUGAUACAAUUUAUGAUGAUGAAAUAUUAUCAAAAACUCAGCCGUUUUAUACUAUUAAUAUAUAAAACAAAUGUUUUAAGUUGGUGCCAUUUUUUGUUGUGAGGAUGACGAACAGUAUGAACAAAACAACAUAUUUGUUUUGAACCUGUUUACCGAAUGCAAAAAACAACAACAAAACAACGACUUCACGUUACACAUGAUGGUGAUUUAUGAUGGAAUAUUUUUAAGGCUUUAAUAUCAUUUUCACUAGUGAUGGACAGGUGAGACUCCUCAUUUUUAGAGCUCAGUAGGUGGCGCUGUUGAUUUAAAAAUAAAGAGCGGUUUCAGUGAACAAAUCCAGAGAUUUUACAGCUGAGAGUGACAUCUAGUGGGCCCUGAAAAGGUCAAGGUUUCAUGAAGCCUCUUCAGUCCAUCACUAAAAAUUACAUCUGGAGAUUAAAAGAAGUUGAUCAUGUGCGGCAGCAAUAUAUCUUUUCUGUGCAUUUUUUUAAACAUAAAAAACACUCAGAUAUUAACUAAUGAUCAGUACUUUUAUGAUAACAAGCAAUAACAUGUUUCGUCGACACAACAUCUCACCCACAUAUUGAGGCCAGACCACCUCACAACACGCGUUGAAGGAAGAAAUGGUGACACAACAAACCAACACAGUAGCAUAUACUUGGAUCUGAGUAAGUAACAGAUGCCAAUCAAACCGUGUGGUCCAUGGUGUGUUCAUGACAUUAUUUUGAUAUUCUCUCGUAGAUCAGGUGUCAGUGUCUCCGUUGUGAACACCCCUCUCUUCUUGUCCCAACCGUCCAGGUACUCAGGAUAAUCUCUUCUUCAGAGGGAAAAAAUGGAGGUGAAAUGCUGGAAAGGGGGUGGGGCUUCAUCCGUCUAAAGUUCUAUUGAAAUCCUUUCAUUUCUGCUCUGGCCACAUGUUGUUUUAUGUUUACAAGGUGGUAUUUGAGUUUGUACAUAGACAAAUAAUGACCAAACCAAUGUGUAAAUAUGUAAAGAAUAAAAUACAUCAGGUUCUUUCUGCUGGGUUGCUAAGAAAUAGGCAAAAAUAACACUGGAACUUGUAGUGAAUAAAU